AAUAAAUGGAAAUUUAUCGUAUUCCUGAAGAUUUGCGAUUUGUAAAUCAAAUUGGUCAAACUUUAAGUGCAGAAGAGAAGUAUUGAUUAAUGUAAUAUAGGAUAAAAUUAGAAAUAGCUUUAAUAAAGCUUAGUCAAAGUUAAUCAUUUGAUUAAUUAUUAUUUUGGGGAAGAAUUGAAGGAACAGUUGCGAAUUAUUAUAUUGCUAUUGGAUUAAAUUUUAAGAAUAAUUUUGAAUUUCCACACAAAACAUUCUUUUACACAGCAAAUUUAAAGGAAUUCUAAAAUUUACCACCUCUGAAUCCAGAAUAUAAAGAAUAAGUUGAAACUUUCAGACAGUUAUUUUCUGGAUAACCAGAGAAAAUACUUAUUAACAUAACAGGUGAAGAUGGUGAUUAACCACCUGCUGAUUAAGUAAAUCCAGAUGAACCUUAAGCAGUAGUAAAAAAUGAUGAUGACUCUGAUGUUGAAAUAAAACCACCUCCUAAGAAUUUUUUAGAAGUUGAUAGAUUAUCAUAUAUUGUAAAUGCAAUUGAAUUUGAAUGUUCACUUCUUCCAGUUGGUGCAGUUAGAUUAACUCCUACUCAUGAAUUAAGGUAUAUUUAAAUUUUAAUAAACAUUCUCUUUCUAGAUAUAACGAUUCAUUCGAAGGUCUAAAUCUUUAAGAAGCAUCUAAAAUAUCUAACUAUUAACAUUUCAGAGCACCUCAAACAUAAUAAAAAAAAGAAUUGAUUGCUUAAGAUGAUGCUCUUUUUCAUUAUAAUUUCUUUGAUUAAUUAGAUGAUCAUCCUGCUGGAUAAUGGAGUUUAUAAACUGAUUCAUCUAAAUAUUAAGUAUCAUUCAUCUCAAUUCUAUCCUUAGAUAACUAUACGUAAUCUAUAAUGGCCAGGUUUCUUAGGUUAUCAUAGAGCAGCAACUAAAAUAUUUGGUUAUGCCUAUUUUGGAGAUGGAAUCAAAAAUGUAGAUUUGGCAUUUCAACUAUGAUUAUUAAUAAUAAAUAUCCAUA